GUCUCACGAUCAGCUGAUCGACACAACGUUGACCAGUGUUGACUCAUUGACUCUUGAGAAGGAGGCGUGCCGUCAAGCGGGAUAGUGAACGAUGUAGUUGUAGAAUGCCAGCUGUACAUAAAUGUAAGAGAUUGGUCAGUCAGGAGCUCGCGCUCUCAAUCUCUCGGAGCAGACUGGAGCGGACAGACUGGAAGAUGUUUUGUAGUGGUUGAAUCUCUUUAAACUUAUGUUAGGAAUAUCGAAGGCCGUUGAAUGCCAGGUGUGAUCUCUCAAACGACGCUCGUGCCAGACUCCUACCUGGCUGCGCUAGAGAUGCUUCGACCACAGCUUUCCAAAAUUACGCACGACAGCUUGUAAAUUCUACUGCUCGCUUACGGUCAGGAAAUUUCUAAAUCUCGUGCAUCUUUCAGAGAAAUCAUGUCAUACGCUAUCAAUAGAAGACCCUUAUUGGGAGGUGCGACUGAUAGCGAAUUUGAGGACGAUUUGGAGACUGAAGUAGAUGAUCCUAGCAUCACAAUUCCUGAUGAGAAACCAUUUUUUAAACCAUAUGAGCCACAUGACAAAUAUAAUCUUGCGUACAUUGUGUUUUACUUACUUGGUAUAAAUACAUUAAUACCAUGGAGUUUUUUUAUCACUGCUGACGACUACUGGAUGUAUAAAUUUAGAGAAAUUCAUAAUAAUUCGACAAAUCUUACUCAUACGUACGCAGAACUACUCGAGCAGAAGACGGAUCUUCAAGCUAGUUUUACUUCUUAUUUAAGUGUAGCCAGUGCAUUACCAAAUACGCUGUUUUUAAUACUGAAUGCAUUUAUUAGCAAGAAAGUAUCUCUAACUGUAAGAAUGGUGGGUUCUCAAUGUAUAAUAUUGUUGCUCUUCAUCCUGACGACUGCGUUUGUGGAAAUGAAUACUGAUAAAUGGCAAAAUGCAUUUCUAAUAAUUACUUUGACAACAGUUGCCCUUGUAAAUGCUGCGAGUGCAAUUUUUGGAGGAAGUUUAAUGGGUAUAGUGGGCAAGUUUUCGCCAGAAUACAUAACCGCCAUGUCCGGUGGGCAAGCUCUUGGUGGAAUAUUCACGGCUCUAGCGGAAGUGUGUUCCUUGUGGAUAGGUGCCAGUCCAGUACUUUCUGGCUUAGUAUAUUUCAUUAUCGGCGACACCAUGCUACUAUUAUCGCUAAUCGCAUACAUCCUUUUAGAAAAAGCGCCAUUUUUCAAGCAUCAUAUGAUAGAAAAAGUACCUGAAUUAGAUUCAGAUUAUUCCAUAAAUGAAGAAGUUAGUUUCUCGACAAGUUCAAGCGUGUCUUACACGCGGAUUGUAAAGAAAAUCUGGCAUUACGGUGUUAGCAUAUUUUUAAUAUUCUUCAUAUCAUUAGCUGUGUAUCCAGCGGUCACUGUGCUAGUAGAGAGCGAAUACAAAGGCAAAGGCCAUGCAUGGAAUGAUAUAUAUUUUGUACCUGUAGUUACGUACCUUAUCUUCAGUACAGGCGAUUAUGCAGGAAGAGUAUUAUGUGGUAUUCUUCAAUGGCCAAGAGGCAAGCCAUGGCUCGUAAUAUUUUUGAGCGUCGCUAGAGGUAUUUUUAUACCUGCAUUUAUGUUUUGCAAUGCGCAACCGAGACAUCAUCUACCCGUUUAUAUUCACAGUGAUAUAUAUUACAUCUUGAUAACUAUUGCGUUUGCUGUAACUAAUGGCUAUCUCUGUAAUUUAACAUUCAUUCUCGCGCCCACAGUCGUAGAUAAUCAGGAAAAAGAAGUUGCGUCUGCAAUGAUGGGUGCUUUCUUGGGUAUAGGAUUAGCAUCUGGCGCUGCGCUCAGUUUAUACAUGGUGAAGGCGCUUUAAUGUUCGAUUCUUUUAACUGAAGAGAAAUGUAAAUAAGAUACAUCUCACUGCCCUUUGUACAUUCGAAAUCAAGUAAGAUUUCGAGAUUACUUUAUGAUUAUGAGAUUUUAAGUAUUAGUAUAAAUCAAUUCUCAAUCGUCAUCUCAUUGAAACAUUGCUGCUAAUUUACGAGAAUUCUUUUUUUUAUGAAGAAUUUUCUAGAGGCAGCUUUCUGCGAGAUGUUUUACUAAACUAAAAAUCUGAAUAGAGAUCUGAUCACAUAAUUUUUAUGACUAGUUUUAAAUUAUCUAUUCGACACAAUUGCAUGGCGCAAUUUCGUAUUAUCAUAUUUGUCAGUUCAAGAUAAUAAUUGGCGAGGUGUCAAAUUACUAGAGAUAGACAAUGUUGAUAUUAUAUAUAAAUUUCAUCCUUCCUACAGAUUUAUAUAUAGUU